AUGGCGGAGCGCCACGAAGACAUGAAGCAGCGCAUCCGGGAGGCGCGCGCGUCCAUUGAGCACAAGCACAGGCUCGCGUCGCUGCAGGUCGGCUCUGAGUUCUCCGCCAACCCCUCAGAGCAGCAGCGCCAGCUCGAGGCGCUGCGCGUGCUGGACGCCGCCCUCGACAGCCUCACAGCCGAGGACAGGGUCGACUUCUCGGGGCUCAACUUCCAUGCGUACCACCCAGACACGCCCCCGAUGGCCGGCGGCGGCGGCGGCGGGCCCGCGGCGGUGGCGACGAUGGGGGAUGGGGUCGGGUACGUGUCGGACGACGGCUGCCUGCACGUAGUGGCGGACCGCCACACGCUCAGGGACGUGCUCCUGGCCCUGGACAUGGACCGCGCGCGCGUGCUGACGCGCGUGACCAUGUUCUGGCUGCGCCGCGUGCGCGACCUCACGCCGGCGCUGACCAAGCUGCUGGGGGUGCAGAACGUGUGGUGCGACACGCGGACGGAGCAGAACAGCCAGAACUUUGUGAUCUGGGCCGGAUACGUGCUGGAGCAGCGGCACGACGUGGAGGUGGCUGUCGCGAGGCGGCGCUUCACCUUCUCCCUGCUGGUCCACUCGGACAGCUCCAGCCCCAUGAUCGACUUCAGCGCAAAGAGCUCCAUCCUGCAGGCACGCUGGGUGCGAUCUGACUGCCCCCCCAAGCAGCUGGUGGAGUUUUUGGUCAGCGACGGCAGCAUGCUGGCGGAUCAGGCGGCCGCGGCGGUGCAGGUGGGCCUGCAGGAGGAGCACGCCCUGCUGGAGCAGAUCCGCUCAGCCUUCGGCGCCAAGCACGUCGUGCGCGUCUGCGGCGCGGCCAGCGACGGCUCGGCGGUGCUGGAGGGCGCGCGGCGGCUGCUGGAGAAUGCUGAGGCGAUCAAGGGCAGCGGCGUCGAUCUCAGGGGCGCCAGCCUCGCGAUCGAUGAUUGCUACGAGGUCUGGGGCAGCGGCCACAGCUGA